AUGUCAUUAAGGGCAAUUUCGGCCAAGGAUGCCGCAUCUCUUGAUCAAGAUCUCAUGGAGACCGGCGGAUGGUCUUUAGAUCAACUAAUGGAACUAGCGGGUCUCUCUGUCGCGCAAGCCGUCUGGAAGGUUAUGCCCCCAAGUGCAGGCCAAGAUGUACUAGUAGUUUGCGGACCGGGCAACAAUGGAGGCGACGGCCUGGUAGCUGCCCGACACCUGUCCCACUUUGGGUACCGGCCAUCAGUGUACUACCCCAAAGAAGGCAAGAAUGAGCUAUAUCAACGCUUGAAAAUCCAACUUCAAAAUCUCUCAAUUCCCUUUAUUUCCGCUGAGAAGUUCCCAUCAGCCUUGAAAUCAAGUGACAUGCUUGUCGAUGCAAUCUUCGGGUUCUCUUUUGGUGGACCACUGCGCGAGCCUUUCCCCAGCAUUAUCUCGCAGAUUGAGUCGGCGACUAUCCCGGUAUUGAGCGUGGAUGCUCCCAGCUCCUGGGAUAUCGAGAGUGGUCCGCCAAAGGGUGGACCAGGCGCGAAGUUUAUGCCUACUGUGCUUGUUAGUUUGUCGGCGCCGAAGCCUUGCGUGGCGUUUUACCAAGGAAGGCACUUCAUUGGAGGUCGAUUUUUGACUAAGGCGUUGACUGAUAAGUACGGGCUUGAUUUGCCGCAGUAUCAGGGCGUUGAUCAGGUCUUGGAGAUUCGAGUCGAUGGUGAGGGCAAGUUGUAG